AUGCAUUUGGUUCCGAAUGCCGCUCUCACUAACACGGCCGCAUCGGGUAUGGCAAUAGGGGAAGAUCUCAAGGAGUUAUGCGAGCUCCUUCAAGGUGUUGAGUUGGACACAUCGGUAAAGGAUGAAUUUCAUUGGAACCUCACAUCUAGCGAGGAUUUCACCGUGUCUAGUGUUUCUAAAAAGGUGUCGAGUGCAAAAGAGAUAGCAUGGACAAACUCCAUUAUGAAGUUGUUGGAUGUUAUUUGGAAGACAACAAUUCCGACAAAAAUCAAGACUUUUUCUUGGAGAUUCUUCAUCAAUAGACUACCAUUGAAAGACAUUCUUGUUAAUAGAGGUGUGUCCACCUUAGAUUCCAUGGAUUGCCCUUUUUGUUCUAUUUUUCCGGAAUCGUUAGAUCAUCUUUUUUAUCAAUGCCAAGUAACAAAGGAGGUUUGGAAUAGAAUUAUCUUGUGGUUGGGCAAGGUUGCUAACUUAUCUCAAGAGGAUUUCAAGAGCUUCGGGAUGAUCCAAGAAAAGGUGAAAAACACCAAAACCAAAGAGAUUCUAAACUCUAUAUGGAUAGCUUUAAUUUGGUGCAUAUGGAAUAUGAGAAACACAAUCAUAUUUGAUAGUGGUAUUUUUAGUCAUGAGGAGGUGAUUUCUAAUAUUAUGUUUUUCUCUUGGAGAUGGGUUAGUAGUAGGGAACCUUUGCGGAAGACCAAUUUUUACGAUUGGUACAAAUUUCCUUUACAAUGUAACUAUCAUUCCUAA